AUGGGUCUUCUUCGCUUGCCAUCCGUUAUUGCCAACACGAAACAAGCCAUGAAGUUGCAGUCUCUUUUCGCUGGGAACAACCAUCACGACCACCACCACCGUCGAUCUCGCUCCAACGUGCCGAACGGGCACGUUGCCGUCUACAUCGGGGAUGUCCAGAGGAGGCGUUUCCUGGUCCCAGUGACGUUCCUGAACCACCCCUCGUUCCGGGAAUUGCUCAGAAGGGCCGAGGAGGAGUUCGGGUUUGACCAACCUCCUGGCGCGCUCACCAUUCCCUGUAAAGAGGAGGCCUUCAUCGAUCUCACUUCUCAGUUGCAUUCUUCGCGGCGAUCGUCAAGAAAAUAG